CCCCCAAGCCCAGCGACCCCUUCCCUUUUUAUUUCCCCCCCCACGCCCUGCAGUCGAGCCAGCCCUUCCCCUGCUGCGCCCCGCCGGGCGUCCCGCAGUCCAGCAGCCCCUUCCCCUAUCGCACCCCGCCGUGUCCCCCAAAAGCCCCCGAACCCUUCCCAUAUUACGCCCCCCCGGCCGCCCUGCAGCCCGGCAAGCCCUUCCCCUAUUACACCCCCCUGCACGCCCCCCAGUCCAGCAAACCCUUCCCCUACAGCCCCCCCUUCUCCCCGUGCGCCCCGCAGGCUGAGCACCUGUCCCACACCCUGCAGCCCACCGAGACGCGGCACUGGGGGUGCCCGUCCCCCCCCCGGGCUCGGCUGCACGCCUGCCGGGUGCCCCCGCCACCCCAAAACCCCGCAGCCCCUUGAGCGGCUGCCAUGGGGGACGCGACGGAGGAGCUGGACGCGGUGCUCAGCGGCCGAGGCUGGGAUGUCGGGGGCGCCUACGACGGCACCCCGCAACCCGGCGGCCCCGUCCGGCUGGGGAGCAGCGCCUGCUACGUGGUCCUGGCCGUGCUCUUCAACGACGAGGACGGGGUGCUGCUGGUGCAGGAGGCGAAAGCGGGGUGCCGCGGGACGUGGUACCUGCCCGCGGGGCGCAUGGAGCCCGGCGAGAGCGUGGUGGCGGCGCUGCGCCGCGAGGUGAUGGAGGAGACGGGGCUGGAGUGCGAGCCCCUCACCCUGCUGGCGCUGGAGGAGAGGGGGCCCGCCUGGCUCCGCUUCGUCUUCCUCGCCCGCCCCACCGGAGGGACCCUGAAGACCCUGGAGGAUGCGGACGCCGAGUCCCUGCAGGCCAGGUGGUGGGACGGGGCGCUGUCCUCCCUGCCCCUGCGCGCCCCCGACAUCCUGCCCCUGCUGGACCUGGCCGCCCGCUACCGCCGCAGCCCCCCGCACCCCCCCACGCUGCCGCAGGAGCUGCCCUGCGCCCACCUCUGCUUGAGGCUCCUGGUGACCUUCGCCAGCGGCACCGGGCACCUUUGGGUGCUGCUGAGCACGGCCGGCCCCCCCCGGCUGCCCGUGGUGGCGUGCGGCACCCAUCCUGCCCAAAUCCGCCGGGGGCUUCGGCUGCCCGUGCUGCGGCUGCUGGGGGGCUGCCUGCCCCCGGACCCCCCCGUCGGGCCCAUGGGGCUGCUGGGGCUGCAGCACCGGGCCGGGGGUCCCGGGGGGGCUGACGGGGUUUGCUUGAAUGUUCUGCUGAGCGUCCCGCCCCGCGGCCCCGGGGACGGCCCCCCCGAAUUGUGCGACCCCGCUUUCCGCUGGUGGCGAGUGGAGGAGGAGGGCUUGAAGGGCCGCAUCCUGCAGCGGCUCCGCACGGCGGGCACGGUGCCCAUCCGCAGCUAGCGGCGGGUGAGCCCCAGCACCCAGGGGUGCUGGUCGCAGCGAGUUUUGGGGGGGGUGGAGGGGUGCGGGACCCGCUCCCCGCUGCUCACGCAGAUUUGCUUUCCGCAAAGCAGGGCGGCAGCAGCGAGGUGCCGGGGAUGGAGCGCGUUUGCCCUCCGGCUGCCAGCCCCAAAAUGAGGACGGUGUUUGCGGUGGCGGAAGCGGAGCUGGAACUGCGGGGGGGGGGGGGGGGGGGGCAAAGGAGAGAGCCCCACGCUGCGAUGCACGGGGCCGGGGGGUGCUUUGGGGCAGGAUACGGCCCCGUGUCCCCCCCUCGUGGGGCAGAGAGCCAGCCCGAGUGGAAAUAAAGCGGCCGCUGCUUCCUCGCA